AAUAAGCUUUGAAGCUAGUUAAAUAUGCCGGCUGGGGUAUCGUGGGGUCAAUAUUUGAAAUUUAUAUCCUGUGCGUUAUGCACAAUGUUGGCCGGCGCUCAAAUAGUGCAUAUGUAUUAUAAGCCAUUAGAAGAUUUGGAUAAAUACAUUGAAAAAGAAAUGAAGGACGCCCAGGUUAGAAAGUCUUUUAAUAAAGAUAAGAUUGUCAGCUAAUAUUGUUUUUAAGAAGUAAUUUAUAGUUUAGAAAUGCUGUAUUAAAUAAAUUGUUUAAAUUUUUUCCUCUAAUUAAGCUAAUCUUAUU